UGGAGACGUGUGCAGCAGUGAACUCCUCCUAGACACACACAGUCAAUGACAUACAGAAUGAGUCUUAUCGGUGUGAACCAGCAGCUGUUCAGUUAUUUAUUAAUCUUUGGAUUAUAAAUAAGAGAGAGACACAUCAGAGACAUCAGAACAUCCAGAGACACUGACAUCAGGAUUUCCAUCAGCUCAAUUCAGCAGAAAUCUGAACAUGAAGCUGCUAUCAGUCCUCCUCCUCCUGGCUCCAGUAAUGACCAGCUGCCAGCAGUUCUUCCUCCCAGUGGACUGCAGCGACAUCUAUAAUAGUGACAACAGCCGACCCAGUGGAGUGUACACCAUCUAUCCCAUCGGAGCCACGUCUGCUGUCCAGGUGUACUGUGACAUGGACUCAGAAGGAGGACAGUGGACGGUGUUCCAGAGGAGGAUGGACGGCUCGGUGAACUUCUACAGACCCUGGGACCAGUACAAGACGGGCUUCGGUAGCGCUGCUGGAGAGUACUGGCUCGGUCUUGAGACUCUCUUCCACCUGACUCUGAGGACAAAGAACGAGCUGCUGGUCGACAUGGAGGACUUCGAGGGAAACAAAGUGUUCGCUCGUUACUCCUCAUUCUCCAUCGACCCAGAGUCCUUCGGAUACACACUGCAUGUGUCUGGAUUCACUGAUGGAGGGGCAGGAGACAGCUUGAGUUAUCACAACGGACAGAAGUUCUCCACCUUCGACAAAGACCAGGACUCCUCAGACGGGAACUGUGCCAAAUUAUACCUAGGGGCAUUCUGGUACAAUAAUUGUCACCAUGCAAAUCCCAGUGGAGUUUAUCGUUGGGGGGCUGAUGGUACUAUCUUUGCUGUUGGAGUGGAGUGGUACCAUUGGAAGGGCUAUGACUACUCCAUGAAGUCCAUCAGCAUGAAGAUCCGUCCUGUGCAGUAGUUCUCCAGGACCAACGUACAGCAGAAUAUCAUCAGCUGAUCUCUAAGACACCAACAUGUAAUCAAGCAUAACCUUAAGAUGGAAACACACACAGUGUGAUAAUGAGCAAAGCAGCAGAUUUUGAACUAGUUUGAGCAGCUGUUUGGUGGCGGUUGUGCUGAACAAUAAAUGAGACACUGAGCAGAAA